AAUUAGCGGAGAAGCUUCUGGGCAUUUCUAUUGGGUUUUAUUUCUUCGUACGAUCAAAAUCAAAUCCACCUCUCUAAGCCUGCGGAUUCGUCCUCGUUAAGAAAUUCGACUUCCGGUGCUUGUUCUUCGUCAAUUGCGGGAUCCUUGAUAUAUUGGAUUUGCAGCUUUUAAUCAAUUUGGGUUUUACGAUGUCCUCUCCUGCCGAAUUCUACAACUCUCUCCCCCCUAUAACUAAAGCAUAUGGGACUGCUUGCUUUUUUACCACUGUGGCAGUUCAAAUUGGGCUUAUUGGUCCUGAACUCAUUGCACACAUCCAUGACUUGUCAUACUAUAAUUUCCAGGUGUGGCGGUUGCUUACGAACUUCUUUUUUCUUGGCCCAUUUUCUAUCAAUUUUGGGAUCCGACUCUUAAUGAUAGCAAGAUAUGGAGUUCAACUGGAAAAUGGACCCUUCCAAAGACGCACAGCUGACUUUUUAUGGAUGAUGUUGUUUGGAGCUUUAACACUACUGGUUUUAUCUGCAAUACCAUUUUUCCGGUUCCCAUUUUUAGGGAUAUCUGUUGUUUUCAUGCUUCUAUAUAUCUGGAGCAGAGAGUUCCCAAAUGCCACUAUCAACUUGUAUGGCCUCGUCGCUCUUAAGGCCUUUUAUUUUCCAUGGGCCAUGCUCUGCUUAGAUGUUAUCUUUGGUUCUCCAAUUGUGCCGGAUCUUUUGGGCAUUCUUGCCGGGCAUCUUUAUUAUUUCCUGACAGUGUUGCAUCCACUCGCCGGUGGGAAGAACAUACUCCAGACACCUACCUUUCUGCACAAGCUUGUUGCAAGAUGGAGAAUUGGUACUCCAACAAGAAAUGCUGCACCUGAGCCUGAAAGGGCAUCCGGAGUGUUCCGGGGGAGAUCUCAUCGACUCGGUCAAUAAUAUUUUGUUUCAGUUGAUGUUAUAAAUGGGAAGGUAUAUGUACGAUUUCAAAACUUUCUUGCACUAGCCGCCCCUUGUCCUCCUCGAGAAGAGAAGCAUGUAAUCCUCACUGACUUGGAUCUUGUUGGCGUUGGCUGAAGCUGCCCUUGAGUGAAAGGACAGGACGUUCGUACUCACGAAACUAAUCAAAUGAUAGUUGAAAUUCAGUCAUAUGUUUUGGACAUUGUUUAUUGUCAAAUGAUGCGGAUAAAUGACUUCUCUCAUCCAGCUGCUUCUAUUUUACGUUUUUACUUCUCUAA